AUGGUACAGAGGAUGUUCUGUUAUAUUAAGAAACGCGCUAUUUUAGUGUCUGUUUUCGUAGCUUGUGCUUAUGGUGCUGAGAUAAGCGUAGAGCUGGGACAAGAUAUUUCAGAGGCAGUUUCUCGCGCACAUCAUGGGGACACCAUUGUAUUGAAAAAUGGCAACCAUUUUAUCGGCAGGCCCGUGAAUAUAAAUACUCAAAUCAGUAUUGUACCGGAAACAAAAGGUUUCGUGCAGCUUGUCGUACCCGACCAAACGUCUAUAGCAGUUCAGUUUGGUGCCUCGGCAGCAUUCGAAUCUACAGUGGAAGAUUUAGUUAUACAGACAGAAGAUGGCACCGAAUGCAGCUUGGUUGAGCCGUACGCAAUGCAAGCUGAUUUUAUAUUCGAGCUCGAAAAGGCAACAGUAAGUAACGAAAGAUUGAACUUCGUUAGUAAUACAGGCCCCUGGUAUAAUAGAAGGAAACUGACUGAUCUACGGUUCGAAAAUUGUAAAUACAAUGAUUCUGCGAACAAUCCUGUGACUGGGGUUGCGUACAAACUGCUCGGCAACUGUGAUGGUCAAUUUAUAUUUAAUAUUCCUCUUGGGGAGAUAGGUGGGAGCGAAGGUUGUGGAGCUGCUGUAACUGAGCAUAACACUUUCCAGGGGUACAGGGCGCAAAUAAAAGGCGAGUGGUUUGAAACCAUCAAGAAUGAUAAUCCGGGGGUGGCUCUGCCUGCGGUCGUUAGUAGGUCUCAUAGCGCACAAAUAGACACAUACAUCCAAAUAGAUACGAUCCAAAACAUUGUGGUGGCGUUCAAUGCGCACUACCUUAGGGACGACAUUCGCCUUGCAAUGGAUGCUGUAGAUGCGGGAUACUACGACGGCUAUCAACACUCGCGAAUGCGAAUAGAGAUGCACAUGAAAGCACCAUAUACAGUGGUGGGUGGCUACGAAGGUGUUGUGAUAGUGGAAAAUACCCUCACUCAAACGGUACAAGUCAGCGGCUAUACUGUGUCCGAGAGCUGCAAUCAUCUUGAUGCAGGCACUAUCUGUGUGCAGAAAAUUAAGUUUGAUAUUCAAACCUGUGAUAUGACUGGGCUCUAUACUCUGGUGGAUAUCCCACUAGGUUGCUCUGAAGCGAGUGCCGAUGGUUCACCUAUCGACUGUGCAGUUCAGACUGCAGACCAGCAAUCCAUAAAUGUUACAUUCCACAUGAGCACUGCCAACAUCUGCGAACCCCCUCAAGGUUCAAAGUUGGAAAGUCGUGUAACCUCGACUGCUGAAGUGUAUUCGGACAUUUCGUAUUCCACCAAACUACCUGUCAAUACCGUGAUGGUAGGGGAUGUAUCGUUUUGGGCUAUCGAGUUGAAAGGUCAAGCAGGUGUUAACAACAUUUACAAUGCUGGAAUAUUAGCUAUUGAGCGCACUUCCGAUGGGACUUGUGAUUCGUAUGGAAACUUCCUAGGCAACUUAAGCUUGUACAAUCCAGACGAUCUUCCAAUUCAAACAUUUGAUCCCUUCGCGCAAACGAUAGAAAUCCAGCUACCUGUGACAGCCAGUACAGUACUAGAAAUAGCGUCACAGUAA